GUCGGCUCGUGCCUCUGCACACUGAGAGUACCUGCUGCUGCUAGUAGGUCACAGCUCCAAAGAGGAAACAGGCACGCUUUAGGUUUCUGUCUUUAGUUGUAGUAAUCUGCUGCACAGCCGGAAGGAGUUCAUAAUCACACUUGUAUCCGAAGUGUACCUGAGCACCUUUGGGUGCAACAACGACAGGGCUCCGCGCGGAGGAAUGCACUUUCACAACGAAACCUGCGUCCGAAAACACGCCAAAAAAGACAACAACGUUGUGUCAGCAUGGAGGGCUCAAAUGUUGCCCGUCUUUCGUCAAACUGCAGGUCGUCUGGGGGUGCAGUUUCACCCGGUGACAAUGCUCCUGUUUUUGGGAAAACUCUGUCCCAGGUGACCGUGAAAAGACAAGCCGUGAAGAGACACCACCACAAACACAACCUGAAGCACAGGUACGAGUUUAUGGAGACCCUCGGGAAAGGAACCUAUGGCAAAGUGAAGAAAGCCAAGGAAAGAUCCGGGAGACUGGUUGCCAUAAAGUCUAUCAGAAAGGAUAAGAUCAAGGAUGAGCAAGACCUGAUUCAUAUUCGCAGAGAAAUCGAGAUCAUGUCCUCACUCUGCCACCCGCACAUCAUCACCAUAUAUGAAGUAUUUGAGAACAAGGACAAAAUUGUGAUUGUGAUGGAGUACGCCAGCCAAGGAGACCUGUACGACUACAUCUGUGACAAGAGGAAUAUCUCCGAACGGGAGGCCAGGAACUUCUUCAGACAAAUUGUAUCGGCUGUGCACUACUGCCAUCAGAAUGGAAUAGUACACCGAGACCUGAAACUGGAGAAUAUUUUACUAGAUGGCAACGGCAAUGUGAAGAUCGCAGACUUUGGCCUGUCAAACCUCUACCAUGCUGAUGAGUUUCUUCAAACCUUUUGCGGCAGCCCUCUGUAUGCUUCCCCAGAGAUCGUCAAUGGACGGCCAUACCAUGGGCCAGAGGUGGACACUUGGUCUCUUGGAGUGCUGUUGUACACUAUGGUUCACGGCACCAUGCCAUUUGAUGGAAACAACCACAAGGCAUUGGUCCAGCAAAUAAGCACCGGAAACUAUCGUAAACCCAGCAACCCCUCUGAUGCAUGUGGGCUUAUCCGUUGGAUGCUGAUGGUAAAUCCCGAGCGCAGAGCCACAAUAGAAGAGAUUGCAGGACACUGGUGGCUCAACUGGGGCUACCAGCAGCCAUUACUGGCCGAGACAAAGAGCAGUCCAGUAGAGCAGACCCCUUUACCAGCCUCCCCAUCAAUAUCACACCCUGCUGGGCUGGCUAGUGUUGCUAGUUGGCUGCGCCGUACAUCCAGGCCUUUACUGGAGAACGGCUCCAAGAUGCGCUGCCUGCUCCGCUCGCAGGGCGGUGGAGGGGAUGUCGUCCGCCAGCGCUCUCUGCGGAGGUCACGAAAGGAAAACAAUGUCUCCCAGACCAUUCAUGAAGCAAGCACAGACAGUCGGCCCUAUAAGGGUAUUUUAAAGAGACGCAACAGUGUGAAACAGAAGGCAAUGAGUGAAACCCCUGCUGUAGUUUCAGUGGAGCCACAGAAUAUUAUGGGUUUAGCUGCACCAGCUAAAGCUCCUUCAGCCGCGCUGCAGCCUCGCAAAGGUAUCCUAAAGAAGCCCACAGAGCAAGAGUCCGGGUAUUACUCCUCCUCACCCGAGAGCAGUGACUCUGGCUGGGCACCACAAACUAAAGAGUGCCCUUCGGCACCGACCCAUAGGAAAGGCAUAUUGAAGCGCAAUGGAAAGUUCUCCUCAGGUGGGCUGCAGGAGUUUGGCUCUCUGGACCAGCUGGCAGCUUCUUUACCAUGUGCAGGCACCAGGUCGAGGCCGGGCGGGGCCGUCAGCGACGACAGCAUUCUGUCUUCUGAGUCCUUUGACCAGCUGGAUCUACCAGACCGUGCACAACCUCCAGCACAUAUGGACAAACCAUGCAAGACCAGCCUGAGAGGAUGUGUGUCUGCUGACAACCUGCUGGACAUCAAAGAAGACGGGAUCCUCGGAGGCGGGUCGCUGAGGCCCUGGAACUGCUACGAGUCUGGAGUGGCGGACAGUGCCUUUUCUAUCACAGACUGUGAUAAUGUUACAGAGGCUUACAAGCAGGCCAUGGUUACACGAGGCUCUGCAGCAAGCUGAAGAACACUGACGUUUUUCAUUCAGAAGUUUUAACUGACUGUAAACUACUGAAGACAGGAUUGCCAAAGUGCAUGAAGUGAAAUUACCAGCACACUGUAGUGAUUAUCAUUUUGGCUAACUUCAGGAAUUGCACAGUACCAAAAAGGCAGGAGGCUUCUUGUUAAACAUUGGAUUGUAUUUCACAUGGUGAUAGAUGAAUGCGUUUAUGAAUAGCUUGUAAUUUGAGUUAAACAGGCUAAAAAUAACCAGACUGCACAGUCAUUUACAAAAAUGAUGCUGCAGUUGAAAAUGUCCAUUUCAAAGAUCAACUAAAGAAGUUGCUGUUGGUGAAUCAGGAGCUCUUAUGUUCAACGUGAGAGAUUACUUUUCUAAGUGUAGUUAGGGCAAAAAGUCCCCCUGAAACCAAAACACUGGUCUUCAAAGUCGAAGAGUAACAGUUUGCUCAGUGACAAUAAACUAAAACUGACAUUUACGGACACAAUGGGACUGUUUGAAUAUUGCUUAAGCCACAAAGUUGGUAUCUUUUAUUGCCGACAGGAUUGUUUGAGAAAGUGUUUACGACUUAGCGGCUGAUCAUCUGUCAACCUUUUAUAUUUAUCUAGGAUGGCGGCAAUAACGCACAGGUUCAAGGUUGGGGUGGGAAUAUAACAGCUUUUACUGUGCUUUAGGAUGUUGGGGAAAUGACAUUUCAUGGAUACCAAAGAGUAAAUUUGCUAAUGUCAUUGGAUUUUAAUUUUUUUUUUUAUCUUUAUUUAAAGCACCAACAAAAAUGAGUGCCAAGAAGACGUUUGUUUGUAACGGCGACUUCAGUACUCGGAGCAAUUUUGAUUUAAUUUUAUUGUUGUUUUUUUUAAGUUUGGAUAAUGACUUGAAUAAUAAUCAUGACUCACAUCGAGCGUAACCAGUAGAACCGGCUUUUACUCCCGAGCACAAGGGCACAGGUGGCCUUUCACUCUGUGUGUGUGUGUGCAGGUGGCAGUUUCACAGGUGGGGCUCAUUCAGUCGCUUCAUAGUUUUGUUUUGUUUUUUUGAAGGUCGCAGGUUGAAAUUCAGAAAACGGUGACGUGUGUUUUUGAAAGUGAACCAUGAUCCCCAGCUAACUACUGUGUGCUGCGGAUAACCUUUCCACUGAAUUUUCAAUAUCAGUCAUGGAGCUUAGGUGUAUGCAUUUAAUUUAAAAUAUCUAGACACCUGAGGUGGUACAGUAUUUCACAAAACUGGAUUAGAAGUUCAACCAUUUAACUGUUAAAGCACUGUUUUAUCCUGGUGACUCGAAUGGUAAAACACAAUUAUAUACCAGGUUUAAAAGUAAAAUCAUGAAUUGGGCAUGCUGAUGAUCAUCAUUAAGUUUGACAUGAUAUCUGGUUCCUCCUGCUUUAUGAAAUGCCUCCUGGUAAUCAGAGAAAUGUACAUCAGUAGGUGAUUUCGUUUUGCUGCAUACUGGAGCAACUUAAUUGGAUUGGCAUUAAAUUAGAACAUAAACCCGGGCCUGGAAUCUUUCCACGCUCUAUCGGACCAUGGAAAACUGAUAACAUACAAUUUACUCAUCCGCUAUUAUUGAAGUAUUAAGUUCUUGCAUUUAACGUUGCAGCGAUGCUGUUGUUCAGAAACUGGAAUGGUAAAAAUGUUUUCUCAGUUAUUUAUGGUAAUUUUUUGUCACACUUUGAGCCUCAUCAUGAAUUUAAUGCCUAUACAAAAGUAAACUCGGAAUUUAAACUGGAAGUUCUUUUCAUUCAUUUCUAAUCUGUCACAGAUAAACGGUUGUUUAUUAACGAAGUGUGACACAGAGGAAGACGGGUCUAAAAUGGUAUCUUUCAUUUUUUUUGUGCAAUUGUAUAAAGUGCAUUUGAUCACUGUUUUUCUCUCCCCCUUGUCCCAGAAGUUGCAGGUAUGCUGGUUCUGUUAAUAAUAUUUUCUGUACCAGCAACAAAAAAAAAAACAUGUUUGCCAAAGUUACUGGGCUUAUCAUUUAUGAUUGUGUGAUCUGCCAUGCGGUUAUGACUGGGGUGAAGAAAUCAAUAAAAAAAAAAAACACGGAACUCAA